UUCCGUACAACAGCAACGUCUGCUCCUUCUCAGCCAGCACGAUCCCCAAUACACUGCCAGAGAAGACAGGCCCCGCGCGGAUGGUCGGCCCCAGGCCCCGCGUGUUCCUAACGGUUCCUAACGCCGCCUCUGCCUACUCUGAUCAGCAUCCCUAUGUUCAGGCUGUGUACUCACUCUCAGAAAUGGCUCUGAAAAGAUUUUUUCAGCCGUGGUUUCACUCAGAUUGGAUCUAUUUUUUGACACCCGCUGGACGCAAGUUCCUUAAGAACUGUUAUCUAGUACACAAGGUGGCUGAAGAAGUUAUCAGCAAACGCAGAGAAGCCCUAACUGAUUCAUCUGUAAGAGAACAAGUCGCCAAGAAGAAAAGAUGUCUAGAUUUUCUGGACAUUCUGUUGACAGCCAGAGAUGAGAAUGGAGAGGGUCUCAAGUCCGAUGAAAUAAGAGCUGAGGUGGACACAUUCCUUUUUGAAGGCCAUGAUACAACGGCUAGUGCAAUUUCAUGGACAAUGUAUUCUUUGGCUCAACAUCCUGAUAUACAGGCCACUUGUCAUGAAGAGAUUGAUGAGCUGCUCAGAUUUCGAGAAACAGAUGAUAUUCUUUGGGAAGAUUUGUCUCAUCUCCCAUACCUCUCCAUGUGCAUCAAAGAAGCUCUCCGCCUUCACUCCCCUGUCCCCUUCAUUCAGCGACAGCUCACUCAAGACACAGAUCUUGAUGGCUUUCUUGCUCCAAAGGGAAUGCUUGUCAACAUCAUCGUUUACAACAUCCAUCACAACCCCACAGUCUGGGAGGACAGUUUGGAAUUUCGCCCAGAGAGAUUCACUGAAGAGAAUAUCAAUGCCCGCAGUCCUUAUGCUUUUAUUCCUUUUUCAGCUGGGCCAAGGAACUGUAUUGGCCAAAACUUUGCCAUGGAUGAGAUGAAACUUGUUCUUGCAAAGAUGUUGUACAGAUUUACCUUGGUGCUUGAUCCUGGCCAUAAAGUUGAGAAGCUUGAAUCUCUCGUGAUGAAAGCUAAAACAGGCAUACAAAUGAAAGUCAUUCCUCGAAAGCCUGCAUGAACUGUGAAAAACCAC